UCGGUUUGGGAGCUAGAAGACCCACCAAAGACCCAGUCCUCCAGGAUCCUAGACGGCUCCAGGCGGAAGCAGGAGGCGGGCUCUUUGUCCCUCUACCCCCUCGCCUCUAUGGUUCCGCCGAGCUCCCAAAAUUCCCCGGGCGGCUGGUCUAUUUCUCUAGUCCGCGGAGGAGGAGCCUUCGAAGCAGCAUUCGUCGGUCGGAGCGCCACCUGCACGUCCAGUACCGCCGCAGCCCGGGCCCCGCCGCCGCCGCCGCCGCCGCCAUGGCGCCCCCCACAGGAGAUGUCCUGGAUAAUGUGUCUCCAUGUUCUGUGACAAACUGCUUACGGUGGGACUUGACAGCAGGGCAGAUUGAAAAUCUUACCAAUGAACUCAUUGAAAAAACCAAGCGUGUAUAUGAUCAAGUGGGAUUACAGGAGUUUGAAGACGUAUCCUAUGAGAGUACUCUCAAGGCAUUGGCUGAUGUAGAAGUGGAAUACACAGUUCAGAGAAACAUUCUGGAUUUCCCACAGCAUGUCUCCCCCUCCAAAGAUAUCCGAACAGCCAGUACUGAAGCUGACAAAAAGCUCUCUGAGUUUGAUGUUGAGAUGAGCAUGAGGCAGGAUGUAUACCAGAGGAUUGUUUGGCUGCAAGAGAAAGUUUCGGUAGACUCAUUAAGGCCAGAAGCCAAGAGAUACCUGGAUCGGUUAGUUAAGCUGGGAAAGCGGAAUGGACUGCACCUCCCAGAAGAAACCCAAGAAAAAAUAAAAAACAUUAAAAAGAAGCUGAGUCUCCUUUGCAUCGACUUCAACAAGAACCUGAAUGAGGACACUACCUUCUUGCCAUUCACCCGAGAAGAGCUAGGAGGCCUUCCUGAGGACUUUCUGAACUCUUUGGAAAAGACAAAGGAUGAUAAGUUGAAAGUCACUCUCAAGUACCCUCAUUAUUUUCCUCUCCUAAAGAAGUGUUAUGUUCCUGAGACUCGGAGGAAAGUUGAAGAGGCUUUCAACUGUAGAUGCAAGGAGGAGAAUUGUGCAAUCCUUCAGGAGCUUGUAGAUCUGCGGGCUCAGAAGUCCAGCCUGUUAGGAUUUAACACUCAUGCUGACUACGUCCUAGAGAUGAAUAUGGCCAAAACAAGUCAAGAUGUUGCCACGUUCCUAGAUGAACUGGCCCAGAAACUGAAGCCUCUUGGGGAAGAAGAGCGAGCGGUCAUUUUGGAGUUGAAAAAAAAAGAAUGUGAGAAGCGGGGCCUGGAUUUCGACAACCAGAUCAAUGCCUGGGACAUGCGCUACUACAUGAAUCAGGUGGAGGAGACCCGCUAUAAUGUGGACCAGAACUUGCUCAAGGAGUACUUCCCCAUGCAGGUGGUCACCAAGGGCCUUCUGGGCAUAUACCAAGAGCUCCUGGGCCUGACUUUUGAACUAGAAGAGAAUGCCAAGGUUUGGCAUGAGGAUGUGAAAUUGUAUUCAGUGAGGGAUGUGGACUCGGGCAAAGUGAUAGGGAAAUUCUACCUGGACCUGUAUCCCCGGGAAGGGAAGUAUGGGCAUGCAGCCUGCUUCGGCCUACAGCCCGGCUGCCUCCUCAAGGACGGUGGCCGGCAGAUCUCCAUUGCGGCCAUGGUGGCCAACUUCACCAAACCGACCCCGGACGCCCCCUCCCUGCUGCAGCAUGAUGAGGUGGAGACCUACUUCCAUGAGUUCGGACAUGUAAUGCACCAGCUCUGUUCUCAGGCAGAGUUUGCCAUGUUCAGUGGGACCCAUGUGGAGCGAGACUUUGUAGAAGCACCGUCACAGAUGCUGGAAAACUGGGUGUGGGAGAAGGAGCCUUUGAAGCGCAUGUCCCAGCACUACAAGACAGGAGAGCCCAUCCCUCAGGAGCUGCUGGAGAAACUCAUCAAGUCCCGUCAGGCAAAUACAGGUCUCUUUAACCUACGUCAGAUUGUCCUCGCCAAGGUGGACCAGGCCCUGCAUACCCAGACCAAAGCAGACCCAGCUGAGGAGUACUCACGGCUGUGCCAGGAAAUCUUAGGGAUUCCCGCCACUCCAGGUACUAACAUGCCAGCCACUUUUGGUCAUUUGGCGGGAGGCUAUGAUGCCCAGUACUACGGCUAUCUCUGGAGUGAGGUAUACUCCAUGGACAUGUUCCACACGCGCUUCAAAAUGGAAGGGGUCCUCAACUGUAAGGUUGGCAUGGAUUACAGGAACUGCAUCUUGAAGCCCGGCGGCUCUGUGGAUGCCAUCAACAUGCUGCAGCAGUUCCUCGGCCGGGAGCCCAAGCAAGAUGCCUUCCUCCUGAGCAAAGGCCUGAAGGUGUUGGACAGCAGCUCCCCCUCUGCCUGCUGAUGGGCCGGCGCCUAGACACGGGAGCUCCUUCGAGCAUCCCCAUUCUUCAGGACUGAGCAAGUGUGGACGUAACCUCUGCUGGCCUCCCUGUUGCCUUAAACCCCCAACAGAGAGAGAACAGAGGGACUCCAGCAAAGCCACUACCAGAGGGGAGUGGGAUGAGGGGGUAUUUCUACACCCUGCCCCAAACCCACUCUGUUUUGCUUUCUACUUUUUAACCUUCCAGUCCCUCUUUAGGGUCUUUGCUCAGUCACAUUAAGAUGUUUGGAGAGUUCUUGUGUUGGCUGUAUGGCCUGAUAUUUUUUUCCCUUGUCCAUCCCACCCCAGAGUAACCAAGAUCAAGGUUCUCUACUGAAACUAUAACUGUAAUCUUUUUUUUUUUUUUUAAGUGGAGAGAAAGAAGGAGAGUCUCUCCUCUGCUUCCCCUCUGCCUCCCUCUUGCCCUUCUCCUACCUUGAAAUGGUUUAGUUUAACAUUGGUUGUUAAGGCAGAAAUCAUGGCUUAGUCUUUUGGGAGUGGUUUUAUCAUACACUGUUUUGGUGAGAAUUGGUUCGACCUCAGGGAAUAGACAGCUGGGGUGAGUGUGAUGUGUGCGCGUGUGUGGAGUAGCUGGUGAGUGAAAUGAGUGAAUCAUUCUCCUAACUGGAACCGAGGGACCUUAGGAAGUUCUCCCUGAGCUUUGUACGACCUUUGCUCUGGGAUUCUGAGGCUGGCAUCUCGUGUGUGUCCAAUACCUGGCCCACAUCCUAUCCCUGAGGAAGCCCGUCGUUAACCUGUUCAGUAAGUGAGGUCAGAUCGGAACUUCCUAGGAAGAAGGUGUUUGGAAAGAACUUGGCCAAAGCGACUCUCCCCUUUGACCACAAUAGACUUUCUCUAGAUGUCCCAGGAGAGACUCUCUGGGCCUGGUUCUUGCCAAGGAUCCCUUCAGCCCGUGUGAACAAGACUAGCCCGGAGACUUGGGCUUUCUGAUUUAGUGAGCCCCAGCCAGCAGAGGUAAGGGUGUGGUAGUAGAGAUAGAAGGCCCCCAGAAAAAACUGCAGCCCCUUGGACUGUGAAGUGGGAGGGAGGCUUUAAAUUGGUGGGUGUCCAAUAAAUCAGGGCGUGAGGUCUUCGGUCCUGACAUACUGCCUAUUCCUAUGCCCUCAGUCGGUGAAUAAGCAUUGAUUAAAUGUUCCUAAGACAAACUCCGGCUUCAAGGAGCUCACUGUCCAGUGGCGAAGUCAACAUGUACACAAUUAGGUCCAAAAAGCUGUAGCUGGCAAAAAUGGGAGAUGCUUAACUGGGAAGAGGGAUUGGGAAAUGCUUGUGUAGAAGGUGCAACAUGAAGGAAGCCAGGAGGCAGAGAUGUGGCAGGAGUGUCCUAGCAAGGAAGUCGGCCAGAAAAUGCCUGGAGCCCAGGCACGGAGGGUCUUGUUUAAGGAGCAGCCGCCGAGUCACACUAAGUCCACUUCCAUCGGAAGGCACUUGACUGCCAUCUUUUCUCCCACCCUCACCUGCCUCCUGUAACAGCUCUACCCCUGACUCACUGUAUGGUUUCGGGCCAACUUCUCUGCCCCUCACAUUGGGGUGGGUGUUCUUUAAGGCCCUCCUACUCCUAAUAUUCAUCAACUCAAUGAAGAGUGAGUGCUCCCAAUCAAAUGCCCUCCUUCCUAGAAGCCUCCCUCUUGCUUCUGCAGCACUGGGCCUGGGGUGGACUUCUCUGCCACAGGAGGCCCCUCUUCCCUAAAAUUCCUUCAGGGGGAAGUCAAGGCCAGUUCCUGGGAGCCGAGUCAGUUAAGGCUGAACCAACUAAGAAUGAUUAGAUUUUAAUAAUGGCCCCAGAUCAUCAACCUCAGGCAUAACAUCGCCAAUCCCUCACCCUUGUGGGCCUGGCAGCUCUUAGCUGACUAUAAGUAGCACCUGGACUUUGACAUCAUUAUUUAACACCCCCCCCCCUUCCAGCUCCUUGCCCCCCUCCUCACUAAGGAAUAGCCAGAGACAGAUUUCAUCUCUUACUUUAUUUAGUCCUUUUCUUUCAAUUAGAACCUUCUUUUCUUACUAUCUUGAUGGUAAGCCCCCUGUCCCUGACUAUGAAAGGGAAGUGUCAGUGCCUUCCUCUCUCUCCUAUGGGCUUUUCAGUCAGGUGCUUGGAGUUUCUGGGACUCCCCCAGCCUUUGCUGAAGCAUCCCUCUCUCUUGAUCUCAGCAGACUCUAAGGUAGAAACAGCUGACAGUACAGUCAGUCAUGGCAAGAUUCACCUGGAAAAUCAAGUACUGAGCUCUCUAGGCUGGCAAAGAAGGAACAAAGGGAGGGAGUGUUUGCCCCUCCCUUCAUCUGACUGUGGACCAGUUUUUUGGGGGAGGAGUCCUGUUCCCAUUUCCCCACUCCCCCAACUCUGACACCCAGCUCCCCAGCCAGGGGAUAUGAUAUCAAGGCAGUUUUGUGCCUGAACUUGAGACUAUUACUUUGCACGUCCCUUUCCUAAGGCCAGGGGGACUGAUGGCCUAUUUUUCUUAACCAGAGCUAGUCAGGGAAGGUCUGAAGGGUCAGGAUCUGAUAUCCCUGGUGUCGUCACCGUGUCCCAGGAGAGUCAGGGGCUGACUCUGAGAUUCUGUGGCUACCACAGCUGAAUGGUGUAAUAGCUAUAAUUCUCUAGUUCAAAAUACCAAAUCCACAGGGCGGUUGUACUAGUGUCGGGGCCACAACCGUCCCAAUUAAUUUCUCUGUCCAACUGCCAUCCUUUUGUGCUAGCCAAACCCUGCUGAACCUGCAGUGAGUGAAGUUCCUCUGAUUCAUGUCAUUACUCAGCCUCGAGGUUCAGACAGCUGAUUGAUCUUUGUCCUGCCACAUGGCACCCGGGAAGGUCGGAAGCUGGUGGGGACUCCUGGCUUGUGACCUUCGGACCCACCACUGGGUUGGGCUUUUUGUUGUUUUUGUUUUAAAGAUGUAGAUGUCAAAACUCAAGCAGGGAGGAUAACGGGGAGUGUGAGAGACUUGGCUUCCAACCAGCAGGGGAGGGGCCAUUUCAAGAAGUCACCUGUAAGUGGCUAGUGUCCUGGGAAGAUGGCUGGCUUUGCAUCCUGACUGUGACUGGAGACAAGUCCCUUGCCUUCGUGUGCCAUCCCCAGCUGCAGGAUCAUAGGAUGGCUCUUUAAGGGUCAGGCCUUCCACCUCUUAAUCUGUGGUCUCAUUAGGUAGGCAAAGAACGCAUUUUCUGUCCAAGUCACUUGGGCCCAGAAUAACUGCGUGCUUUGCUUGGAAUUCGAGGAGGGAAGGCUUGGUUUUUGGCCGUCCUUGCUGGCGACCUAACCCACUCUGUACCCCCAGCCCUGAGUGUUCACUCUCCCCUUCUCCCGUAGCAUUCUGGAGUAUGGAAAGGUCACAUGUUUGAAUUUCUGCCUGCUUUGCCGGGCCAGCCCCGGGCCCAGAUGGCUCAUCCCUCAGGAGUUAGGGUCUCAGAGCUUCGAGAUAUUUGAGCCUCUGGAGCUGAAUGUGGUCCCAUCUUCCCAGAGUUCUCUCAUCAUCCUCUUCCCCCAAAGCCCAGGACCCUGGGCCUCUUCAUGAGUCUUUGCUUGCCUCUACCUGACCUCAUUUCUCUUAGCCUUCUCUUCCAGCUUCUUAAGAGCUUUUUCCAUGCCCUGACGUAUAUUGCCUGCACUGAAAGCCCAGCUCAGGUACUCAGCAAAAUCCCAAAGGAGAAACGCUUGCUCAGUGGGGAUGGCUUAAAAUACCUAAGGCAGGUGUGGGGCUGCUGAGUCAGCACCGGACAGCCUCAGCUCCCCAGAGGCUUCCCGCUCUAGGAGAAAGGAUUGUCUGCCAUCUUAUCUCCUUCCCCCCAGCUCCUAGAGUGGCAGGGCUGGAGAUUGCUGGUCUGUCUCAUUCAGGCUCCGCUCCUUCUCUAAGUCAGCAAGAGAACGGGGCUGCAGACUGUGCCCCUUACCCCUCCCCUUUGCCGCAGGUGUAGCAGCUGCCUGGUCAGAAAACGGGCGCGUGGCACAGUAAGGAAUGCCAGGCUGGGAGGGUGCCCAGCCCCUCUCCCUUGUCUCCUUUUAUCUGCCUCAAAAGAAACCACUGGAUGGGACCCACUUCCCCCGACUGCCUCACGGUCCCGGGCUCAGCACUGGAGUUGAAUUGUCGCUGCCAUUGUGGAAUGGGAAGAGGAAGCAGUCUUCUGGCCACGACCGGGUUCCACAGUCCCAGCUGCCCCGUUGUGCCCUCCAAAGCCUCGUGACUGCACCAACUUUAUAGAGGUAGCUAAAACUAACUUGCAGAGAGAACAUGAUAUUAAGGCCCCUCUGUAGACUUCCAGCCCCCCCCCCCCCCCAAAGUCCUCUUAUUCAGCUCAGCAGUCACCAAGUUAACUACUAUGCAAGGCACUGUGCUAGGGUUACAGACCAUCGCUGGACAGUCCCUGCCCUCGAGGAGCUUACGUUCUGCAGCAAGUACUGUGAUGUAUAUGGAUCCAUCUCUGGGUGUGCAGUUGGCCCCUUCCCAUCUACCACUUUGGGGUCAAGUGUCAAUCUGCACCCCAACCCCUACCUUUCCCUCCCCUCCCAAAGAAUGGUGCUUUUGAGAUUUUUGUAAUGGUUCAGGUCAAACUGGCUUGUUGAGCUGGUUGUGUUUUGGCAAAAUGCUUAUUACUAAUAAAGUGGUUUCUAUAAGGA